AAAUCUGGAUAUUGUCCUUGUUGCUGAUGAGUAUAAGUUUGUGCUCACCACUCCUGCUCCUGCUCCUUUGAGCGCCCAAUAUACUGAAGAGAAAAGGGAGGCUCAUCAGAAGUGGCAUAAGGCUGAUGAGAUGGCUCGUUGCUACAUCUUGGCAUCCAUGUCAAAUGUUUUGCAACAACAAUCUCACACCAUGCCUACUGCUGCUGACAUGAUGUUGAGCCUCAAGGAACUCUUAAGUGAGCAAGAUAGGGCUGCUCAGUUUGAGGCUAUGAGGAAGAUUAUGUAUUCUGUCAUGCCAAAGGGAGCUUCUGUGCGAGAGCAUGUUCUCAAGAUGAUGGAAUAUCUGAAUGAGAUAGAUGUGCUCGGAGGAAAUAUCGAUGGCGAAGCCAAGAUCGAUAUCAUCCUGCACUCGCUCCUGAAGUCCUAUGAGAACUUCCGCCUGAAUGCAAUCAUGAAUAAAAAGGGCUAUACUCUAGCCGAGCUUCUUAUGGACUUGGUUGCAGCGGAGGGUCUUAUGGGAAGGGGACCACAGGCUCAUGUUUCUGUACAAGAUGGACCUUCUUCGUCGAAAGGCGGGAAGAAGAAAAAGCAAGUGCAGAAAAAGAGUGGUGGAUCCGGUGGGAGCAGUGGGAGUGGUGGGAGCAAAGCGGUAGCGCCUUCUAGUGGCGUGGUUAAGCUGAAAGGCAAGUGCUUCAAGUGCAACAAGACAGGACAUUGGAAGUCAGAUUGUCCCCUCAAGGACGCUCCUAGUACGUCUCUUGCUUUAGUUGUCGAAACAUGCUUUGCGGCUUGUUCUACCAGUUCUUGGGUAGUAGAUACAGGAGCCACUGAUCAUGUUUGUUAUACUUUGCAGGGGUUUCUGCAAAGAAGGCAACUCAGUGAGGGCGAGAUUACCAUCAGCUUGGGCAACGCUACACGAGUGGCGGUGGUUACAGUGGGAGAUGUGCACUUAUCUUUUUCUGAUUCUGUUUUAGUAUUAAAGAACAUUUUGUACGUGCCGAGUUUUCGGAAGAAUUUAAUUUCAGUUUCGAAGCUGUUUUUAGAUGGAUAUUCAGUUAUUUUUAAUGACAAUGUUGUUAUUAUGAGAAAUAACUCUUUUAUAU